CAGACCCUAAGAUACUAUAUUAGUCUAGAAAUGCAGGUAUUUCUAGAUAGAUUAAGUAGAUCAAGUAUAAUUCUCAUUGUAUAUAUUAUGUUUUAUUAUGCAAUAAAAUAUUACAUAGUUUCACACUCGUUAAUUGAUGUAGAUCUCAUUGAUAUGGGGGCGAUGCGUGAGUCAUUUGAUUUUGGGACGAAGAAAAUGCUGGGACACUGGUUUCCAAGACACAUGGGAAAAGGUCUUCGACAAAUGCGAGCGGUUCUUCGCAAGAUUGAUUGUGUCAUAGAAGUUCAUGAUUGUAGGAUACCAAUGUCAGGUAGAAAUCCAGCUUUGCAGAUGUCGUUAUCUGCCAAACCGAAACUACUUGUCUUCAACAAAGUAGAUUCAGCGCAGCCAACCGACAAAGAGUUGGAGUUGCUUCAUGAUCGAUUACGCACGGAGGGUGUAUUGGAUUAUUUGUUCACAAACUGUCUUCCUGGAGACAAUGGAGAACUUGAUGCAUCAGUCUCUGAAGUUAUCCCAAGGUGUGUCGAAAUCAUUAACAGAGAUGAGAGAUAUGACAGAGAGGGUGAGGCUGGGAUAGAAAUGAUGAUUGUUGGGGUUCCUAACGUUGGAAAAUCUUCACUAAUCAAUGCCCUUCGUAGAACACAUCUUCAAAAGGGAAAAGCUGCAGCUGUAGGUAGAUCACCAGGACAAACAAGGUCACUUAUGUAUAAAAUAAAGGUUUGUGAAAAGCCUUUAAUUUAUUUACACGACACACCAGGGAUCCUAGAGCCAAAACUGAAAGAUCUCCACAGUGGAAUGAAGUUAUCAUUAUGUAACACCAUAAAAGACCAUUUAGUUGGACCAGCAAUGAUUGCAGACUAUCUUUUAUUCACUCUCAAUCAAAAGAAACAAUUCAAGUAUGUUAAGCUACUCUUUCACCCAGUGAAAAAAUAAGUGAAACAAUAUAGGUAGAUCUCAAUAAUCAAUAUAACUUUAAAAUAGCUAUUUUUUUUAACUCAACACUGAAAAAAUCUUUGGGAUAAGCGAAAUGCAAUAUUUAUUUGUUACCUAUUCUCCUGAAAACAAAAAACGUUUUACAGAUAUAUGGAAAAGUAUGGAUUCCAGGAACCAUGUGAUGACAUACAUAAAGUGCUAUUGAAUCUUGCGAUAAAAGCAAAAAAAUAUCAAAACCGGAAGGUUCUUACUGGAACUGGAUCGCAGGUUAUAAAAAUACCAGACUACAACUAUGCAGCAAAUCUCAUGUUAGCAGAUUUUCGUGAAGGACUGCUUGGAAAAUUCAUAAUAGACGAUUUAGAUGAAUCCUACGAUUCUAUUGAUUAUGAUUGGCAAUAAGCAUUUGAUGAAUAAAGUAUAAAACUUCGACUGAACUUUGGAUUUUGAAA